CCCCGCGGCGGGGAAAAAAGGGCGGGAAAAGCGCCAGGGCGCCAUGGGCAAGCGGAAGAGCGAGCAGCCAGCAGAAGGAGCAGGCGGCGAAUUCCACGUCCCCAAAACCAAACGGAGCCUCGGGGGCCAUUCGGGAGACGCUUCGGACAUAACGGGUGACGCCAAAGCAGCCCCAGCCACGGGACAGACGGACGAGCGCGGACAGACGACCGGCGGCAGCACCGGGAGCACAAGCGGGGAGGCGGCUGCACCGGGAGCGGCUCGGCCGGGGUCGCCCCAGCGGGUGAAUUCGGUGCGUGAGGAAGAGGAGGGUUCGGCGCAUGAGGCAGAAGAGGAUGCGCCGGCACAGCAUGGAGGUACCGGUGACGCCGAAACGUGGGCUCGCCGCAGAAUGGGUGAUGUUGGUGACGGUCCUGAGCGCCCAGGGGAGGCGGCCGGCGCAGCGAUGGCUCUUCCUGGCGAUAGCGGCGUCACCGGCGCUCACCGCGAAGAGGAGGGUGAACACGGCGAGUUGGGUGACACCGACCAAAACCAGGAACCGCCGGGUGUUGGAAACGCCGAAGGAGGAGAAACCCGGGGAAGCGGCACCGAGCAACCGCGGGCAACCGGGACGAGCAGCGCCGAAUCCUGCGGCAGCGCGGAGCGUUUUGGGGUCUGCGCCACGGACACGGAGGGAGGAGCCGCCGGAGCGGAGAGCACCGGGAGAACGGCUGGAGAAGCCACGGCCGGCCGGGAGGAGACCAGAGCGGGAGGAACCCCCUCGCCGGGCGCCGGUUCGGUGCCGGAUCCGGCCGUUGCGGCUGUUGGGAGCCCCACGGGGGAGAGGAGUGGUGAAUGUGCCGUGGAGAGCACGGCCGGGAUGGACACGCAGCUCCCGGUUUGCUGUGAAGAGGCGGCAGAGGUGGCACCUGCUGUUACGGUGACACUGGUGCCCACUGGCACCGCUGAACCCCCCGGUGCGGGCACCAGCACCACAGAACCCACUGGCAUAGUCACCAGCACCGCAGAAGCCACCGGCACCACAGACCCCCCUGGUGUGGGCACCAGCACCACAGACCCCCCUGGUGCCACAGAACCCCCCGGCAUGGGCACCAGCACCACAGAAUUUCCUGGCACCGCAGAAGCCCCCGGUGUGGGCACUGGCACUGCAGAACCCCCAGGCAUGGGCACCAGCACCACGGAACCCCCCGGCACCAUGGAACCCCCAGGCAUGGGCACCAGCACCAUGGAACCCCCUGGUGCAGGCACCGGCACCACAGAACCCCCCGGCGUGGGCACCAGCACCACAGAACCCCCCAGCACCACAGAACCCCCCAGCAUGGGCACCAGCACCAUAGAGUCUCCUGGUGCAGGCACUGGCACCACAGAACCCCCCGGUGUGGGCACCAGCACCAGAGAACCCCCCGGCACCAUGGAACCCCCAGGCAUGGGCACCGGCACCAUGGAACCCCCUGGUGCAGGCACCGGCACCGCGGAACCCCCCGGCGUGGGCACCAGCACCACAGAACUCCCCAGCACCAUGGAACCCCCCGGCAUGGGCACCAGCACGACUGUUGGCGCAGAAACCCCCUGUGAGAGCCGUGUGACCAGGGAGCCGCUCCCCCCGCGGUCGGAGCUGCCGCCACAGCAGCCACCCCCAGCCACCGACCGGCACGACCCCGCAGAGCCGGCACCACCGAGCCGGAGCCACAACCAGGAGCCACCACACAGGGAGGACGCGACCGACGUCAUCUGCGGGCUCAUCCUGGAGCUCUCCAACCUCAACCGCCUGGCCAUGAGCACCCACCGCGGGCUGGAGACGCUGAGGAGGCCGAAGCCGCGGCAGAGCCGGCGGCCGGUGCCGGCGCACGCCAGGAGGCGGUGGAAGGAGACGUAGGGUGGGAGCCGAACAUGCAACUCAACCAUUUAUUGCCGUAAAUCGGUGGUUUUGCCGGAAAACAGGGCAAAAUAAACACCCUCCAACCCAGAA